AUCUUCUCCAGUGAUCACAAGCUCAAAAAGAACAAGUUUUCUUUCCAUCACUGGUUAGGGCAUUAAAGUAGAAAAACCCUACAAAAUUUAAUGGAUAAACUCUAGUUAAUUAGUAUCACUAUACACUUUAGCUCCUAUAAAAGAAUUAUCACAUUUAUCAAACCUCCUCCGUCGUUUCCGAUUCACAUUUUUCACAAAGAGAUGAAACUCAUGGAUGGCUUGGCGUGAACUAUCUUUGAUUCUGAAGGUAAGUGUUUCUGUUAGUAUAUACUUUUGAACAAUCAAACAGAACAAGCCAUUGUUUAAUCAUCACUAAAAAUUGUUAUAAAAAAAAAUAAUCAUCACUAAAAAUGUAUCUAUUUUACUUUGUGCAGAGUAUUUUUCUCAAGAAAUAUUUUUAAAAAAUGUACCAAGAAAGUCUGGAGAUUUAUCAACUGUGGAGACUUGCUAUCCAAGAAAGAGACGAAGCAAGAGAACAUCUGAAACAUUCACUUGCUGAACUCUCUCAACUAAGGGAACUCUAUAACGCUGUACUGUUGUCUGAACAGCAGCAAAUGAUCACUUAUUACCCCGAAGCCACUGAUCAAACUACAUGUCAUCAGAGCUGUAACUACAAUCACUUCCCCGGCGACUCUCCGUCGCGGUUCUUGUCUCUGUCGCCGUCGGAUCUCGUCUCUAACCUAAAUGUUGAUUCAACUCCACUUGAUCUCAGCUUCCGUUCAAAUCAGAGCCGUGUUGGUGUUGAGAGUACGAGAGAUUAUGAAACCGUUGUGCUGGAGAUGAUAGGAGGAACGCUGCCGGAAUACGGUAAGUUUUUGCAAGCUGUUAGUGAAGUUGGAUCGUUGGUUGAGUCAUUGUUCAUAGCCGGUCCUGUUCCGAAGUGGAGAAAUCCUCCGGUUUUAUUGUCUAGUCAAAGACCGGUUAUGAGUAAUCAUAUCACAGGAAACUGGAACUAUGGUGGUUUGGAGUUUGGUUCGCUGAUGCAAAACGGUCUUUCCCUGUUUGAUGUCUGCAUGAAAUGUGACCCCAAGAAAAUGUUAUGCAUGAUUUUUUCCUGUUGGUACCAUGUAAUGUUUUAA